AUGUCCGAAUCUCAGCGGUUCUUAGAACCUCUACCGUUAAACUACAGCCUGGCGAAAAGGAAACUCCGCAUCCUGAUGUUCUGGGUACUGGUGUUUCUUGACUCGUUUCUCUUGCCCAUCGGGCUCUACUACCUCCUAACCAGAACCACGACAUGGUCAUCUACGACUAUCUUUACUGUCCUGACUAUGACCUUAUUCGGAACAUUUGUGACCGAAUCAUUGCAGAGAUCGUGGAAUCUUUGGCGGAAAAACUCCAACUGUCGCGUUGCCAACUUUGAUUUCACCCACUGGAAUGUCCUUGUCUCUUGGGUUAUCAUCAUAGCCGAACUCGUCGUCGGAACCAUCCCAGACCCACCCUGGAUGCGGAUCUUGGCAAUGCCAGUGCCUUCAAUCUUCCUUGUCUUCGCACUCGAGAUGCUAGUAUUUGAGACUAUGUACGUUUACAAGCUGCCUGCCCCGUUCCGGAUUUCCUCCGUUCCUAAAGGGGAACCUAUGCGUCCCGCUCUGUAUCCACUUCUGGAAGACAUCAUCGCAGUAGAUGGCAAAGGAGGAACAAGGUUCAGGGACCGGCUAAAUCAACGAUACAAAUUCAGUCCGCCAUUUCGCAGUAUGCUGCACCGAGUGACGAUGCUAUGGGCGGUGCCUCAAGUGGUGGUAGCCGGGGGAACGCUCGCGGGGAUUUUCAUUGCAGACCGUGAACUGGCUUACACGGUAUGUGUGUCUGACUUCUAA